AUGUCUCACGCACUCGUCAAUGGUUCUUGCUCCCUAUUCUUCUCUGAACGCCUUCUUUCUACCCCUCCUCGUUCUACCCUCUUCUCCCCCCUCCUCCCCACCUUCUCUUGCGUGCCUGCUGUCCGCCAUGCGAGCAGCAAGUUGUUUCAGGCGGGUGCGGAGGAGGAGGCGCGCAGCGAGGGGGCGGCGGAGGCGGCAGGGUUGGCGGACGACGCAGCGGCCGUGGGGCUGCUGCUGCCGUCGCGGUCGCCCAACUCGACGCUGGCGGACGGGGAGCGGGAGGGCGAGGGCGAGAGCCAAUGGGAGCGCCGCAUUCGCAACGUCACGGAUUGGUCCCGCCGCCCUGCCAGCGCGUGUGGGCGGGUCACUGUGCGCCCGUCGUCCGCCGCAGCUUCCCCCUCUUCCCGCCUGUCCCCGCAAGAGCAGUGUUUGGACGACAGCCAGCUCUCCAUGCCGCGCCAAUUCACCCCCGACGUCUUCUCCGCCUCCUCGCCCUUCUCCUCCCCCUCGCGCGCCCCCCCGCGCUCGCUCUUCGACGACCCCAUGCUCAGCGAGUUCUCGUCCGCGCCCGCGCAAACCAGACUCAACCCGCACCGCACGGGUAAUGACGGGGCGGACGGGGAGGAGGCGGAGGAGGAAGAGGGCGAGGAGUCGCUGAGCGACGAGAUGGCGAGGGUGGCGGCGGGGCCGUCGCCGGAGCACUCGGGAGCGUCGUCGCCCAACAUACUGGUGCUGGACACGCCGUCGGACGCGGGCACCACCGUCACCACGCACUCGUCGCUCAACAUGGGCCUGCCGCCGCGCCGCUCCGACCACCACAGCAAGGCGCCCGUGUCCUUCACAGGCGUCGCCCCGCGCGCUGCCCAGUCCGUGCCCUCCUCCCCGCCCGUCACCGCGCUGCCCUCCCCCGACCGCGCGCUGGCGGCCGCGCGAGAGCGCGACAAGGACUCGACGGCGCGGCUGCGCGCAGUGGGGCGGUCCGUGAGCAUGAAGCUGUUCCGCUCCGCCGGGGCCCCGGGGCCUGGUGGCGCGCACUCGAACCGGCCGCCGCUGCCACGCAACCAGCAGGGGCAGAAGGGCGCGUCGGAUAAGGAUAAGGAGAAGGGCGGUGGGGGGGGCAGCGGCAGCGGCAGCGCGUUGCUGACCUGCCCCGAGUGGGAGCAGCUGUACGGACUGGCGAAGCGGAUAGCCAAGGACGGCAGCCUGGCGCAAUGUGGCGACGCGUACAGGGGUGCGCGUCUGGCGGUGCUAAAGGACGCGGUGAGUGUGCUGGCGGUGGAGGCGUUGGAGGGGCGCGACCUGCAGGCGCUGCCGUGGGGCGACAUGGAGCAGGUGCUGCGCACAUGGCUGCACCACACGCAUGCUCUGGUGGCAGUGCAUCUGGACGGGGAGAGGGCGCUCUUUGCGUCGGUGAUAGGCCGCCUGGGCGUGGGCACGCUGAGCGUGUUCACCACGCUGCUUACGGAUUCGGGGCUGGUGGCGGCGCUACGGGUGCAGGCCUCUAACGCCAACGCGCUGCUGGCCACGCCGUGCCUGCCUGAGAAGCUCUUCGCCUACCUCGACGCCUUCUGGCUCUGCCGCUCCUCCGUCGCCUCGGUGGAGGAGGCGGCCAAGGCAGCGGAGGACACGGCGCUGGCGGCCAUGUGGGUGGAGCUGCCGGGCAAGCUGGCGCGCGCUGCCACCAGCUGCAUUGACGAGGUCGUGCAGGUGCUCAAGGCGUCCGCUGGCACCUCCGCCUCCAUGGCCAAGCGCUCCGUUGGCCACCGCCUCAGGCUGAGUCGGAGCAGCAAGGGCAUGGAGACGAGUGGCGAGGGGCAGGUGGACGCCACCGUGCAUCCCAUCACCAGCUAUGUCGUCAACUACGUGCGCCAGAUCAUGGACAAGAACAUAGUGGGCAGCUACGGGUGCAUACUGCAGGCGGCGAUAGAGGAGCAUUUCCCUGAGCGAAGCAGCGUGGAGGCGGUGGGCAUGAAGGUGCUGGAGGCGCUGGAGGCGAACCUGGAGGCCAAGGCUGCACGGUGCCAUGACGACAUGACCAAGAUGCUCUUCUUCGUCAACAACUUCUGCUACAUCUGUAACCACCUCUCUGACUCGCCGUUCAAGUGCACGCAGUCCUUCAAGCAGAAGCAGGAGCGCAGCGCCCAGUCCUUCGCCACGCUCGCCCUCUCCAAGCUGCAUGGAGCCCUGGGUCCCAAGGGUCACAGCCAGGGCUACGACAGGGGCGAGGUCCGCAACAGGCUGAAGCGGUUCAACCGACUGUUUGAGGAGCUGGCGUUGCAGCAGAAGGACUGGGUGAUCACGGAUGACAAGAGCCGCAAGGAGGUGCGCCGCCUGCUCGGCGCCUCCAUCAAGGACCACUACAUGGACUUCCUCACCCCCCACCGGGACGUGCUAACGGACAUAUCAACGUACCAGUGGACGCCAGACGGCAUAGAGCGCAUGGUGCUCAAGUCCUUCCUGCUGGGCCGCGGAGCCGUGCCCUUCGCCACCUCCAUGUGA